AAAGUUUGGCCUUAAAUACAAAAGGGACAUAAACAAAUGUAUAACACAUGUGUCAGAAGAUUCAUUACUCCUUAUUGUAACAGUAAACUGUACAAUAAAAGAGGUCUUUAGCUCUUAUCUGUUUGCUCAGCUGCUGGACAGGACAAGUUGAAAAAAAAAACAAAGAAAUAAAUUGAGGACAUUUCCCUGUCUCUGUAAUAAAACGUUAUGAUCAAUUGUGUCAAAUGAAGGUUUAAUAUCUAAAAGAGCAAAUAUAGACAAAUCCAUUGUCUGAAGCCAUGAGCAGAUCACGGGUUACCUUUAACAGAGCUGUUUCAAUGGGAAAGAAGAAGUGCUUUUAUUUUGAAAGUAAUGUGGAAACAGUGGCUAUAUAUUGACAGCAUACAGACAAACCUGCUCAGUCUUGCCCAACAAUGGAGGCGAUAACUGCUGUUCUGGGCAUAGAAUGGGUGGACACCAGGACUGUUUUAAUAUUUCUGUUUGUCUUUCUGUUGCUGAGUGAUUUUUUAGCAAACAGACGACCAAAAAACUUUCCUCCUGGCCCCCAUUCUCUCCCUUUCAUUGGAGAUCUUCACCGAAUCCAGCCAUCCAGACUUCACGUGCAGUUCACAGAGUUUGCAGAAAAAUAUGGAAAUGUCUUCAGCCUUCAUUUUUUUGGUGAAAGAACGGUGAUCCUCAAUGGAUACAAGAAAGUUAAAGAGGCCCUGGUCCAACAGGGAGAUGACUUUGUGGAUCGUCCCACAAUUCCACUGUUUGUAGAUAUAAUAGACAAUAAAGGUAUUGUAAUGUCCAAUGGGAAUUCGUGGAAGCAGCAGAGACGGUUUGCUCUUCAUACGCUCAGAAACUUUGGUCUGGGCAAGAAGACGAUGGAGACAUAUAUCCAGAGUGAAUGCCAGUAUAUCUCAGACACUUUUGCAGACAAGCAAGGUAAACCCUUUGAUCCUCAGGCUGUGAUCAACAACGCAGUGUCCAACAUCAUCUGUUGUUUGGUGUUUGGGGAACGGUUUGAGUACUCUGAUCAGGAGUAUCAGAAAAUUCUUCUGAACCUUAAUGACUUAUUGAUUUUGGAAGGAAGUGUUUUUGCAUUGCUAUACAACAUGUUUCCCUGGCUGAUGAAGAGGCUUCCUGGACCGCAUCAGAAAAUAUUUCCGCUGAUAAAGAAGAUUAUGGACUUUGUGAAAAUCAAGAUUAAGGAACACAAAGAGAACCUUGACCCCUCUUCUCCAAAAGACUACAUUGACUCUUUUCUCAUUGAGAUGGAGAAGAAUCAAGACAAAGAUUCUGGAUUUGAUAUUGACAAUUUGUGCAUUUGCACUCUGGACCUUUUCUUGGCUGGAACUGAAACUACCACCACUACACUAUACUGGGGUCUGCUAUACAUGAUCUAUUACCCUGAGAUACAAGAGAAGGUCCAGGCUGAGAUCGAUGCUGUGAUUGGUUCAUCCAGACAGCCGUCUAUGGCUGAUAAAGAAAACAUGCCCUACACUGACGCAGUCAUCCAUGAGAUCCAGAGAAUGGGGAAUAUUGUCCCCCAAGGUGUGUUCCGUCAGGCAAACAGGGACACCACCCUCGACAAAUACACAAUCCCAAAGGGAACUAUAAUAAUGCCUGCGCUUCACUCCGUCCUCCACGAUGAGUCCAUGUGGGACAAUCCACACUCCUUUGACCCCAAAAACUUUCUGGACAAGGAUGGAAAGUUUUGUAAAAGAGAGGCCUUCAAUCCUUUUGGAGCUGGUAAACGUGUGUGUCUCGGGGAGCAGCUGGCUAGGAUGGAGUUGUUUCUGUUUUUCACCUCCCUCUUUCAGAGGUUUUCAUUCUCAGCACCUGCAGGAGAACAGCUCAGUCUGGAGAGUAGGAUGGGAGAAACUCGCUGUCCCAAACCUUUCCGCCUCAUUGCUGCACCGCGUUGAACCUUCAAGCAUCCCAAACUAAGACGAUGUCUCCCUGACCCACUGUUUGCUGGGUCUUAAGAAAUACUGCCAAUUUUUAUCCCUCCAGAAACUGCACUUGCCAUUAAAGCAAAGAGCAGGUCUGCAGUGCAAUCAAUAACAUGGUUUUUAUUUGUUAAAGAAUCUAAAAUUAGAAGUUUUUUUUUCAAACAUUUGUUGUGCUGUUAAGUUUGUGGCACAGGAACUUUAUUUACAAAGACACCUGGUCGUUUGGUCGUUUUCAUAAAACCACUUGGAACUGUUUUGUAGUGAUUGUUUUCCUGUAGCAUAUGUGACGAAUGAAAAACACAGAUGAAAUUUAAAUAUAUUCAAAAUAUAUUUUAUCUAAAAAAUAAGUUAAUCUGCAGAAUUCUCGCUAUAAAAUAGCACUGGUAUUUGCACUGUUGUUGCAUUAAUGGACUCUCCAAAGUAUUUUCAGUGAUAUGCAUUUGUUUUAUGUAUUUGUUCUAUUUUUUUGUUUUGAUUGUAAUUUUUUAUUUUAUUAUUAUUUCUUGGUUGAAUUAAAACUUCUUUCAUUUCAUCAUCCUAA